CAAUGGAUACUUGUUCUUAAAAAUAAAUGAGUUUAAAGUAAUUAGGAGAUGUAAUGUUUCCUCUUGGAUUCAUAACUUAUGGUGGUCCUUUAGCCCAUAUAAAUGUACUUAGAGAAAGAUUUAAAAAUUACACCACAGAAGAUGAAUUCCAAGAAUUAUUUGCAUUAUGUCAAACAUUGCCUGGACCGACUUCAACUUAGAUGGUCAUUGCAGUUGGAGCAAAUCUUACUCAUAGUUGCUUGGGUGGACUAAUAGCAUUUUUAUAUUUUAGUAUGCCAUCAGCUUUUGUAAUGAUGAUAUUAGGUUUAACAGUUCCAAAUUUAUCAAUACCAUGGAUAUAAUUAAUGAUAAAUGGUUUUAAAUACGCUUCAAUUGGCGUGAUAAUAGAGGCAGCUUAUAAAUUAUCAAAUGGGGCGAUAAAAAAUAGAUUUCAUUUGUUUUUGUGGAUUGUAAGUGCAAUCGUAACAACCUUUUUUCCAACACCUUCAAUUGCAAUUUUAAUGAUAGCAAUAGGAGCAAUUUCAAACUAUGUAUCUGAUAGAUAAAUAGGGCAACAAUUAUUAAUUCCAUAAGAAGAAUAAGCAUAAUAAACUUUUGAUAGUUGGUUAUUAGGAUAUAGAUCUUUGAUUGGAUAUGGUGUAUCUUUUGUUCUAUUCUUUUUUUUAUCCUAUAUUGAUUGGAUGCCAAUAGCAGUAUGUAGUAAUUUAUUCAAAACGGGAAGUUUAGUUAUUGGUGGAGGUCAUGUAGUAUUACCAAUGAUAUAAUUUUCUUUAUCAGAAUAUUUGACAACUGAAUAAUUUUGGAAUGCAUUUGCUUUGGUUUCAUGUAUGCCAGGUCCUAUGUUCAAUAUUGCAAUUUAUAUUGGAGCCUUAAUAGGAGGUAUUCCUAUGGCAAUUUUAGCAGAAAUAUUUAUGUUUCUACCAGGAUUCUUUACAAUAUUUGGAUUAUUACCAUAUUGGAAGAAAUAUAGAGGAUUAAGAACAAUUAGAGCAAUUUUAUAAGGAAUAGCAGCAGUUGCAGUAGGAUUUAUAUUAAGUGCAAUAAUACAUUUAAUUAUAAACUCAUGCAGUUAAAAUAUAAUAGUUCCGAUGGGCAUAGGAAUUUUAAGUUGUUUAUGCCUUUACAAAGGUGUUCCAAUACCUUUUGUCAUUAUCGGAGGUGGAUUUAUUAAUUUAUUGACAGAAUAUAAAUGA